CUCCUACCGCAUUAAUAACUAACAAAUUUCCUUCAAAUUCAGUGAAUUUGCCAUUUAAAUCAUGUAUUGCAAUAUAAAAAAAACUAUCUGGUAGUGGCUCUUGUAAAACUGACAUAUUUCAUUAGUUAAACUUCCAUUUGGCAAGUGACGUGACGUUUGCUGUCACCAAAACGUCAAAAAAAAAAAAUGGUAUCCAAACAACAAUCAGGUCCGUGAUAAUGAAAACGCGAUUCUCGAGCCCCAAAACGUAGCGCUUCCACCGUAACCAGCACGUAAAUCAAGGAAAAUGUAAUUUCCAUUAAAAAAGCCAACGAAUAAAUCGACGGGAGGCGAAAUGUAUUGCCUGCAAUGGCUGAUCCCCGUGCUACUGAUCCCGAAGCCCUCCAACCCGGUCCUGGUGCAGACUCACGUAAUGUUCAUCGUUUUGUACCUAAUCGGGUUUUUCCUGGAGAGAAAACCGUGUACGGUGUGCACGUUGAUGUUCCUGGCGACGGUUUUCCUGGUGUGUUACAGCGGAUUGGGGAACUGUUUGUUCUGGGGCCCUUUUUGUGACUACGAGAACGGUUAGUGUCUGUGUGGACUUUGUGUAUUUAAGGACGUAAGGACUGAUUCUUGUAUUAUGGAUUAAUUGGGAAAAAAGUGUACAUACAUAUUAUAAUACUCUGAACUCUUUUACCAUAUUUUGUAAUGUUGAUAUGUACCAAAGAGGUAAUAAAGGUUGUUUUAUGGAGGUA